ACAAUAAAGUUGUUUUCUUUACGAUUUUCUACGAGGUGGGUUUGAUUUUGAUCUGGAUUUGGUGCUUCGGUUGGAGGAAAAUUGAUAGGCGUUUCGAAUUGGGGGUUCUGAUUGAUUUUGGAUUUAAAAUUCGGGGUUUGAUUUGAAAUGGUCUAUUUCCAUAGCUCAAUCUCGGUCUGCAACUCGGUUGACCAGGCUUCUUCAGCUACAAUCAUGGAAAAUUCCGUGAAUUCAAAUGAUAUUGUGAUGACCUCCAAAUCAUCGUCGUCUUCAUCGAGGAACAAUUUUUGCAAGAAACACAAGGUAUCCAAUUCACCAAGUUGUUUAAAAAUUCCAUCUUGUGAAAGAUCAAGAUCUGCUGCCAUCGAUGUUGUCAUCUUAAUUGCUGUGAUUGCUGCUUGUGGAUUCUUGUUGUUUCCAAGUAUAAAGUGGAUAUCGUUGAAAUUGAUUGAAUUCAUUGGAACUGCCUUUUAUGUGAUUGGAGAGGAAAUGAUGAGAGAUCCAAUGGUAUAUGGAUCUAUUUUACUUGGUUUUUCUUGUGCUGCAAUAGCUGCUUGGAUUUUGCUUUUAUGUACAACUAGGAAAUGCAGGAACCCUAAUUGUAAAGGGCUUAGCAAGGCAGCCAAAUUCGAUAUUCAGCUGGAAACCGACGAAUGUGUCAAGAACUCGAGCACUCUGGUUAAAGAUGGUGUUAAGAGGGUACUUUUCGAAUUGCCCCGGGACCAUCAUAAGGAAUUGGAAGCCGAACUGAAGAAGAUUGCACCGAUUAACGGACGAGCAGUGCUCGUGUUUCGAGCUAGGUGUGGAUGUUCUGUAGGCAGAUUGGAGGUUCCUGGGUCAAAGAAGAGAAAGAUCAAGAAAUAGGAUUUCGGAAUGAGAGUACCAUAGAUAGAGUAAUCAAAAGCAAUACAGAAAGUAGUCAUAAUGCAGUGAGGUAUGCCUUCUCUGGUUCGUUUAAUCAGAAACUAUGUUGUCUUUAAAUAAGCUCUCAUGGCAAUAAGUUGUAAGAGGAUUAUAUACAGUUGAUUAUAGUGGAGAAUAUAAGAAUAUUUACUUUUCAUUUAUUUAAUCACUAUUUUAAUGGUAA